AUGGACCCAGAACGCUACGAACAGUUGAAACAAGAAAUCAUUGCAAAAGGAUCGAAUACUUACAAAAUUAUCAAUAAUAACCUUUUCGUCAAACAUGUGAUAUGGAAACGAGUGAUCAAAGACCCCGAACAUAAGCGAAUUAUCAGAGAUGUGCACGAUCUAGCACACAGCGGGAAAAGAAGGACAUUGGACAAGAUCAAAGAACUCUAUUGGUGGCCAGGCAUGAUGAAUCAUGUAGCAGACUACAUUGAGUCCUGCGAUUCUUGCCAGAGAGAUACGAAGCCCAAACAUCAGAAUCCGUUAAAUCCAAUACCCAUUUCAGGACCUUGGGAGAUUGUGGGAAUAGACCAUGUCGGACCUUUACCAAAAUCGAAAGAAGGAUAUCAGUAUAUAAUCGUUGCUCAAGACUACCUCACAAAAUGGCCAAUAGCGGAACCAACCAAAACGACUAACCAAGACGAAGCGAUCAAAUUCGUAAGGGAUCGGAUAAUGGCCGUUCACGGAAGUCCGAAACAAAUCAUCACCGAUCAAGGAGCCGCGUUCAUCAGACAUCAUUGGGACCAAAUGAUGGAACUGUGGAAAAUCAAACACGUUACUACCACGGCCGGACAUCCACAAGCUAACGACCAAGUCGAACGAUUAAAUCAGACAAUAGUGAAAGGCUUACGACGAACCCUAAAAUCGAGAAAGGAAUGUUGGCCAGAUAUCCUACAGUUAAUACUCAUGGACUAUCGAGCGUUGAUUCAAGACACUACAGGCUAUUCUCCGUCGCAACUGCUCUACGGAAAACAAAUACGAUUACCUAUAGAAUCGGAUUUCGAAGCCCGCGAAACUGAAGAAGACUGGGACAAAACGUUAAAGAAAAGGAUCGCUCAGUUAGAUCUCAUCGAACCGAAUCAAGUAAAAGCGGCAGAAAAUAUAAAGGCAAAACAGGCAAAAAUGAAGGCAAGAUACGACAAACGCAUCAAACAAACGGUAAAAUUCCAAGUAGGAGAACAGGUACUCCUCUACGGACCUAAACGAACGAAGUUAGAAACGACGGCAACCGGCCCAUUCAGAAUCAGAAAAGCGAAUAAGUAUAACUCAUAUGAGCUAGAAUUGCUCAAUGGAACGCCAUACCUCACAGUCACCGGCACAAGACUACGGCACUAUAAGGAUAGAAGUGGUAAUGUCCAUGUGGACAUAUAG